AGUCAGGAGAAAGACGCGGGAAUAUCAGAGCUGGCGAGAAGAGAGACAGAGAAAGAUGCCCCGCUACAAUACCAGGAAUUCCGGAUCCACGAUUCCGGAUUCCGGAUCCAAGAUUCUGAGUUCUGGAUCAAAAAUUCCAGAUUCCGGAUCCAGUAUUCUCGAUUCCAAAGGGAGCAGGAAGCGUCGCGUAGCAGAGGAUCAUGGGAGGCGGCUGGGUCAUGUGACGCCCGUGAUUAAAUCACCAGAAUGCACUUUGGUUCCGCGAGUCUCCAUCACGGACAUCCUCUCAAUAAUCCUGUCGGACGAAACAGAUGAUGGUGAUGAUGUUGGAACCCAUCAGCAGUGCUCCGUACUGCUCACCCCAACCUCAAGAAAGAGUCGCGGCAAGCAGCAGCAGCAGCAAUUGGACAUCCUGAGGCUCACCCCACUCAGCUCCCCGUUACGAGUCAAAACAACUAAAUUUCAACCAUCACUACCACGAUCAUCUUCACCACCACCACCAUCACCACCACCACCAUCAUCAUCACCACCACCAUCAUCAUCGACAUCACCACCACAGUCAUCAUCACUACCACCAUCAUCACCAUCGUCAUCAUCGUCAUCACCAAUAUCCCCACCAUCAUCAUCAUCGCUGUCAUCACCAUCAUCACCAUCAUCAUCGGCAUCAUCAUCAUCUCCUGUCCCAGUUCGCCGUACCAAGAAAGUUUUACCCAAGCCUCAAACCAAGGCACAAAAAACCAAGACCACGCUAACACCUAAACUGCCUUCAAGGACACAAGUGCUGAAGACAGAAAUCGGGCCGUCCGUGUCUCUGGCGUGUCUCCCUUGCAGGGAGUCGGAGUUCCAGGAGAUUUUGGAUUUUGUGGAGAGUAAACUGGACACUCGGAGUGGAGGGUGUAUGUUUAUCUCUGGCGUCCCAGGGACAGGAAAGACUGCCACCAUCCAAGCCGUGCUUUCCUACCUCGUGGACAAGACGAGGCCCGAGGCUCUCACCGUUGUUCCCAUCAACGCGAUGGAGCUCACGGAACCGAGACAAGUCUACAGCAAGCUGCUGAAGGCGAUGAGCGGUGAGCGAGCCGUUCCGUCGCGUGCCGCUCAGAUUCUCAAUGAGCUCUUCGCUCGGCGCAGCAAGAGAUCCGUGCUGCUCAUCCUAGACGAGCUGGACCUGCUGGUGACAAGGAGGCAGGACCUGCUCUACUCACUCAGUGAUUGGGCCACCGGAGGCUCCUCUUGCCUCAUUCUCCUCGCCAUUGCCAACACCAUGGACUUGCCUGAGAGGGUGAUGCUCACCAGGGUGAGCAGCCGGCUGGGUUUGACCCGGAUGUGCUUCCAGCCCUACUCCUUCCAGCAGCUGCAGGAGGUCGCGAGGUCGCACCUCUCUGGGGUCGCGAGCUUCGAACCUGACGCCCUCCAGCUGGUGGCACGCAAGGUGGCUGCUCUGUCUGGUGAUGCCCGCAGGAUGCUUGACGUUUGUCGCCGGGCGGCCGAAAUAGCAGCUGCCGAGGUGAAGGCCGCCUCCUCCAUCUCCACCUCUCCCAGCUCCCCCAUCUCCUCCUCUGCCAAUGGGAAAAGGGCCGCGGGGAGGUCACGUGACCUGGCGAGGGCGGCGGCAGUGGCAGCCAAUGGGAAGGGACCUCGCGUGGGCCUGAGACAGGUUGGGGCGGCACUGGAGGAGACGUUCAGAUCACCCUGCGUGGCAGCCACUCGAGAGUGCUCCUCUCUGGAGAAGUUCUUCCUGGAGGCCGUUUUGUCUGAAUUCUCUCGGACCGGGCUGGAGGAGACUUCCUUCGGACAGGUGUUUGUGUCCCUCCGCUCGCUGCUGCUGAUGUCUGGGCACCCCCCCUGCUCGGUGUCGGCAGCUCUCGGGAGCUGCUCACGGCUCCUCUCGGCGCGCCUCCUCCUCUCCUCCUCCACAACCGGCCUGCGCCGCAGGCUUCGCCUUAACGUGCCGCGCGCGGACCUCCUCUACGGCCUGCGCGGCGGAGACUCGGCGUGAACUCGCCAACAUGACCGCCACCAGUGUGACCUUACCAGCAUGGCCGCCGGUGUGACCUUACCAGCAUGCCCGCCGGUGUGACCUUACCAGCAUGGCCGCCGGUGUGACCUUACCAACGUGGCCGCCGGUGUGACCUUACCAGCGUGGCCGCCGGUGUGACCUUACCAGCAUGGCCGCCGGUGUGACCUUACCAACGUGGCCGCCGGUGUGACCUUACCAACGUGGCCGCCGGUGUGACCUUACCAACGUGGCCGCCGGUGUGACCUUACCAACGUGGCCGCCAGUGUGACCUUACCAGCGUGGCCGCCGGUGUGACCUUACCAGCAUGGCUGCCGGUGUGACCUUACCAGCAUGGCCGCCGGUGUGACCUUACCAACGUGGCCGCCAGUGUGACCAAACCAACGUGGCCGCCCUCUUCACUUUACAAACAUGGCCGCUGCCGGUGUGACCUCGCCAGCAUUGCCGCCAGUGUGACCUUACCAACAUGGUCAUCAUAACUUUACUGACAUGGUCAACAGUGAAUAAGUGUGACCUUACUAACAUGAACCCCAUAACCUUACCAGGUUAGCCACCGGUUUUACCUUACGAACAUGACCGUCAGUGGGAGAUUAUGGUGGUGGUGUGACCUUACCCACGUGGCUGCCACUAGGGGGACUCCAUCUGACCUUACCAACAUGGCAAUCAGUGUGACCUUACCAACAUGGCCGCCAGCAUAACCUCACCAACAUGGCUGCCAGCAGGUUGUGGCUUUACCUCACCAACAUGGCCACCCAUGGGGUAUCCCACCUCACACGAGUAAACUAUUUUACUCUGAGUUACUUCAAUAAAUAAACUUUUA